AUGUUGCCCUUCCGACAAAUCCACCACACCCCUCACGUCUCUCUCCUCCCACUGACGUCCUUUCAUCCGUCCUCUCCAUCAUCACCACGCGGUCUUCCCCUCCCCACCCCCCCUCCCCCCGACACUGCAUCUUCCCCCCCGUCUCUUCUACCACACCCGUUCCCUCCCCCCUCGUCCUUCCCCACAUCGCUUGGGCCUGCACCAUUUCUCGCAUUCCUGUUGGAAAAUUCCCCCUCUCCCCCCCCCCUCCCUCUCCCUCGCAACUCUUUCCACACCCCCACGUCUGUGCGCCACCAGCUGUCGGAGGUGACCAUUCCGCACUUCCUGGCGGCCACCAUAUUCGCCGCGUCCAACGGGCUCAAACCCCAGUUUGACAGGAACGUGCAACUCCUCAUCACCAUGACUCUCGCCUGCGGACUCUUCAGGUGUGCGUCAUGUUCAGGUGUGCACAAUGUUGUACCCACAGACAACUUGAGCGGCACUGACUUGCUUUGCUCUCCCCUGCGCUCGUCUCGCCCUUGUCUUGUCCGUCCGUGCAGUGGUCUGAGGGCCGCUUCUUUCACCAUCCUCAACCUCCAAAUGGUGCGGCGAAUGCGGCUGGCGCUGUACGAGACGCUCAUCCGGCAGGACAUUGCCUUCUUUGACGGCCAGUCGGUGGGCGACCUCACGUCCCGCCUCGGCUCCGACUGCCAGGCUGCGGGGCACACCGUGGCCAUUGACCUCAACAUCAUGCUGCGCAACGCCCUGCAGGGCAUAGGGGCGUUUGUGUUCCUCAUCCGCCUGAGCUGGCAGAUGGCCCUCGUGACUGCUUCCCUCUGUGGCCUCAUGUGGUAUCUGCUCAUGGUGUACGGCAGCUUCUCCCGGCGGAGCUCCAUGGUGGUGCAGGACACGGUGGCCGCCGCCAAUGAGGUGGCAGAGGAAACAUUGUCACUCGCCCGAGUGGUGCGGACCUUUGGCACUGAGAGCAAGGAGGUGAAGAGGUACGAGGUGCCUCUUCAGCGCAUAGUGAACGUGGGUCUGAGGCGGUCCGUGGCGUAUGGCGUGUGGACGUGCACUGGCAACACAAUCUACAACGCCACACAGGUUCUUGCUUUAAUCAUGGGAGGCAGUGCAGUGAUGGCGGGGCGCAUAACAGCGGAGCAGCUGACGCAGUUCAUUCUGUACGCGGAGUGGGUGGUGCACGCCACGUGGUGGGUGGGCGACCACUGGGCGUCCCUCAUGGACUCUGUCGGCGCCUGCCAUCGAGUGUUUCAACUCCUGGACCUGCCGCCCUCAGAGCAGCUCACGCAGAGCCAUGGCCGAGUGCUGCCAUCGCUGAGCGGCAAGCUGGAGUUCCGCAAUCUCUCCUUCCGCUACCCCACCCGCCCUGAGGCACCCGUGUUGGAUCACAUCAACCUGACCAUCCACCCAGGCGAGCUGGUGGCACUGGUGGGGCUGAGUGGCAGCGGCAAGAGCACUCUAGUAGGGCUGCUGCAACGCCUGUACGAGCCCACCGAGGGGCAGGUGCUUAUAGACGACGUGCCUCUACCAGAGAUUGACAUUGCUUGGCUGAGAAGCCACAUUGGCGUCGUCAGCCAGGAACCCCGUCUCUUCAGCACUGACGUUGCAUCCAACAUCGCUUACGGAAGCAGAGAGGAAAUUUCUCAAGAGCAUAUCACCCGAGCAGCAACCCAGGCCAACGUCCAUCAAUUUGUUUCUGGGCUGCCCGAGGGCUACGACACGGUGGUGGACAACGCCCGGUUGAGCGGCGGGCAGAAUCAAAGAAUAGCAAUUGCACGAGCUUUAGUGCGCGACCCCACUCUGCUGAUUCUGGAUGAGGCUACAAGUGCUCUGGAUGCUGAGAGCGAGCACUACGUGCAGUUGGCGUUGGACCAAGCCAUGCAUGAGGAUUCGGCAAUAGGAAGGAGAAAACGGACCAUCGUUGUGAUCGCUCAUCGGUUAUCCACAAUCCGUUCUGCGGAUAGAUUAGUGGUCAUGUCCGCAGGCAAAAUUGUCGAGGUUGGCACGCACCAGCAGCUGAUGGAUAGGAAAGGGGACAAGCGGGCGCGGAACCGCGACUCGAGGGGAACCUCCGCCUGCGGCGCCGCCACCAUCGUCACCGCCGCGGCGCACGAGUGCACGGGUCGGCAGCGCGUCCGCCGCCUGCUCCAGUCCCUCCUGGACGAAUGCGCCACGGAGCUGCUGCCGGCCGUUGAAGCGGGGCAGGCGCACGCGCACGCGCAGCCCGCGGAGCGCGAGGGCGGAGCGGAGCAAAACGGAGCGGCAGGGCUGCGCGAACCAUGCGCGGCAGCAACAGCCGCGGGAGAGCCCGACGACUCCCCGUCAGGGCGGCAAAAACAGCACCUAGGCCAGCUAGAGCAGCGGCUUAGGUCUUUAAUCGCAUCGCAUAAUGGCGUCGUGCCUCCGCGCCCCGUCCUGAUGCUCUACCCCGGCGCGCCCAAGCGCUUCCUGACGCGCGCGCCCGAGCCUCCCCCGUGGGAAGGCGGCGCAGGGGGAGAUGCGGAGGAGGAGGGGCGGAGGGUGCUGGCGUGCGGGCGCACGCGGCUGCAGAAGGAAUUGGCGGAGCUGGAUGAAAACGAGGAUGAUGAUAACGAGGAUGACGCGUUUGUGUUCAAUGUGGCGGGGAGAGUGGCAGAGGGGGGGAGUCAAGGGGGGCUCCGCGGGGCUGCGGAUGGGGACGCUGGGAAUGGCGGCGCUGGGAAUGGUGGGGCUGUGAAUGGGGCUGCUGAGAGGGUGGUGGAUGAGGGGAAGACGAGGGGGAGAGCAGCAGCCUCUGCAGCAGACGGAGCAGCAGCAGGUGGGGGAGGAAAGGGAGAGCAACCUUCCCCGUCACCGGCUAGUGCCGACACACAAGCCCCCUUGCAGCCACUGCAACAGCAAGAGCAGCUGCAUGGACAGCAAAAACAGCAAAACAAGCAGCAGCAGCUGGUGCUGCAACCGCAGCAGGAGGAGGAGGAGGAGGAGGAGAAUACAGAACGGCCAGAACCUGCACAGUCAGGCGCGCAACAAGCAGAUUCUGCAGGCGGGUCAGGGUGGACCAGCCCCUUAGCCUCUGCUGAUUUCUCCUGGGCUGCACGCGUGGCACCUGACGGCUUGUUAGGCAGCAUUGCCAGCGCUGUGGCAGCAGUUGCUUCAGGUUCCUCCACUCCCCCUUCACCCGCACCACAAGGCAACACCACUGCACCCCCCCCUGCCCACCCAGCUCCCUCUACCCCUCCACCUACCCCCACUCCUGGUUCUGCCGCCUUUCCCCCCCGUCCUGCCACUCUCACCGCUCCUGCUCCUCCCACCAUCACCACUGCAUCGCCCGGCCCGGCCAACCCCAGUGGGAUCAUCCAAUCAGGCAUCAGCGUGAUAUACGAGUCAGCAGUGGCGUUCUCAACAGAGUAUACCAAUACAAUGCGCUCACUCGCACACACCACCAGCGCCACCAACGCCAACUGGUCUACCCAGUUUUCCAAUAUGGUUACCGCUGCUGCCAUUGCUGCCGGCACCCUGGCCAGCGGCCCUGCUGUUUCAGGCGAAGCUUCAGGUGCUGCUUCAGGUGCUGCUGCUGGUGAUGCUGCAGUUGGGAACAACAGAGGAGCAAACACCGCCUUUUACGCUGCCAAAGCAGCUCCCGGUAACGCUGGGUUACCACCGAUGCAGGGCAGACCCAGGGAUGGGAAGGUGCGGGGGCGGGUUGGUGACGUGGCACCGUCAGGGCUGACGUGGGAGGAGGAGAUUGCGUCCCAGCUGGCGUCUGUGGGUGUUGCUGUUUCGUCCUGGGGCCCGGGGGAAGAGGCGAGAGGGGAGGGGGGAGGAGAUGGUGGUGGAAGUGGUGGAGGUGGAGGUGGAGGAGGAGAGGGGGGGAGGGGAGUAGGAGGGAAUGGCGAAGCAGCAGCGGUGGCUAGUAAUGGCGUGUCACUCGCAGCGACAAAAGCAGGAACAGGAGCGGCAGCAGAGAGGGAAGACACUGCCCCUCCAGCAGCCCCUCCGGCAGCUUACCCAGCAGCAAGGAGUGGUGGCAGCAGGGCGAGGACUCAGAGCAUGGUGGGACUGGUGGGAGGAGGGAGGGCAGCCGCAGGAGCCAAAGGGGCUGAUGGGGGAGUGGGAGGCCGGGCCACUCUAGGCAUACAUGUGGGAAGGGGUCAGUCAGGGCACAACAGGGCGGCAUCUGUAGCGGCGUCUGUAGCGGGGGCACCGCCUCCUUCCCCAGGGAGCGGAAGCAGGGGGGGGUUUGGGUUUGGGAGCUUUCUCUCCAAGGGGUGGAGAAAAGCGUUUAACCUGGAGUGA